ACCAAAACUGGUUCUUCCUGAUUUUAGAAAACCAGUUUCAUCUCUUAGCUGAACCGACUGGAUUUAUUAAAUAGCGUCUCGUCUCUUGUCUGCGGUCAUCGCCAGCCGAUAGUGCCUUUUGAAAGAUUUUCUGAAAUCAAGUGUCUGCUGUAAAAUGUCUGCUCUCUGCCAGAAUAAGAAAACAUGUUUAAAAUUCUGCACUGGUAUAUCUGUAUAUUUUUCGUUCGUCUUGAUAGCGCUGCAUGGGAUGCCAGGGGCGCAAGGAGUGUGGCCGAUGCCACAGAAGAUGAGCCAGACUUCUGAAAUAUACCCAUUACAUGUACACCGAUUCAUUUUUCAGUAUGCAAAUGAUUCUGCAGCGCAGCCGGGAUGUUCUGUCCUGGAUGAGGCUUUCAGGAGAUACUUCGCACUCAUCUUCCCUGGAUACAGCGAUGGCAAAGCCCCUUGGGAUUCCUUUGCAUUGGUGGUGAAUGUGCAAUCUGGAGAGUGUAAUGGCUAUCCUGAUGAGAAUUCCAAAGAGAACUACUACCUGCUUGUGUCUGAUGGCCAGGGAAUUCUGAAGGCAGAGACUGUGUGGGGAGCUCUGAGAGGGCUGGAGACAUUCAGUCAGCUGGUGCAGCAAGACGAUGAUGAAAUUUAUUACAUCAACAAAACUGAAAUCGUGGACUUCCCCCGGUUCCUGUUCAGAGGAAUUCUUCUGGACACUUCACGGCACUUUUUACCUGUGCCUGCCAUCAUGGAAACCCUGGAUGCCAUGGCCUACAACAAGUUCAACGUGUUUCACUGGCACAUCGUGGACGAUCCUUCCUUCCCCUACCAGAGCUACAGCUUUCCUGACCUCAGUGACAAGGGUGCCUACCACCGCUUCACUCAUGUGUACACCCAGACUGAUGUCCAGAAGGUGAUCGAGUAUGCCAGGCUGCGCGGCAUCAGGGUUCUGCCUGAGUUUGACUCGCCGGGCCACACUCUGUCCUGGGGCAACGGACAGCCUGACCUGCUGACACCCUGCUACAAAGGUGACGUUCCUUCUGGGACGUUUGGUCCUGUCAACCCCAUUCUGAACUCCACCUAUGAGUUCAUGGCCCGCCUGCUGAAGGAAGUCAGCGUAGUAUUUCCUGAUUCCUACAUCCACCUGGGAGGGGACGAAGUCAGCUUCACCUGCUGGAAAUCCAACCCUCAAAUUCGGGCGUUCAUGCAGCAGAUGGGAUUUGGGGGUGACUUCUCUAAACUGGAGGCAUUUUACAUUGAAAACAUAGUCAACAUCACAACGGCACUCAACAAGACAUCAGUUCUCUGGCAAGAUGUGUUUGACAACCGUGAAAAAAUCCCAAACAACACAGUGCUGCUUGUGUGGAGGGGAACCCCACCCAAGUACUACAGCGAGAUGAGCCGAAUGACCAAAGCGGGGUACAGGGUGCUGCUGACUGCCCCCUGGUAUCUCAACCACAUUAGCUAUGGGCAAGACUGGCGUGCCGCCUACUCUGUGAAGCCUCUGAACUUCACUGGGACUGAAGAACAGAAGAAACUGAUGAUUGGAGGAGAAGUCUGUAUGUGGGGGGAGUACGUGGAUGCGACCAACCUCAUGGCACGACUGUGGCCCAGGGCUAGUGCAGCUGCAGAGAGGCUCUGGAGUGACGAGGAGCAGACCUCCAGCUUGUCCAAGGCUUACGAUCGCCUCACUGAUUUCCGCUGUCGGCUCGUGAGACGUGGGAUACGGGCGGAGCCUGUGUACGUUGGCUACUGCAAGCACGAGUACAAGGGCCUGUGACUUUGACCUGGGAGGAGCCUUAAGGACACAGGGACAACCUCGCAGAAUCAAUACUCCUUAUCCUGUCUGUGUAGGCAUGCUGACCUUCUUGCCUUUUUAUUUUUUUAUUAUAAUUUUUUUCUUUCUUCAU